UGCCUCUGAGGCUCUUCUUUGCUCCAAUAGAAGGGAGCAACUUUGGGCUGGAUAAACGUCAAAUUCAAAUUCUUACCUCACCCCUUUCACCGCUGGCAGGAUCAGAUUGCAUUUCUUUCAUUAUUCUCCACUCCCCAGGUUUUUGAUCUGUUUAAAAGAAGAAAUAGAAAAGAUAAUUCCUCUCUUUAAUGCCUAGAAGAGAAAACAAAAUGAUCUCAACUCCACUUUGAAAAAAUCUUUCCAAGAACUUUCUUCAGAGAUUUCACUCUACAACUGAGACUAUUGAAAGCUGAAGGUUGAGAGGUCUCCAAUAUGUCUGAGCAGAGACAAAAAUCUAACAUGGCAACUGAAUUUGAGGGGAACUGAGGAAACAGACCUGACUUUAACCAUUGAUCUUUAAAAUUAAAAAAAGAGAUCAUUGAAACAAUGAAGGAAGGACAGAUUUUUGGGGCUUCUGUAUGUCUGCUGCUUAGUUGUGCCUUUGGACCUCUUACUGCUAUUCCUGAGGAAGGUGAAGAAUAUGCAAAUAUUACAGAUGCAAUGUUGCCACCAAUGAAACCUAUACAUUCAUUUUGUGCAAUGAAAGCAGAUGAUGGCCCAUGCAAAGCAAUGAUGAAGAGAUUUUUUUUCAAUAUUAACACGCAACAGUGUGAAGAAUUUAUAUAUGGGGGAUGUGAAGGAAAUCAAAAUCGAUUUGAAAGUCUGGAAGAAUGCAAAGAAAAAUGCACAAGAGAUUAUCCAAAGAAGACUAGAAGAUUAAACACAACAUUGCAAAAAGAAAAGCCAGACUUCUGCUUUUUGGAAGAAGAUGCUGGAAUCUGUCGAGGUUAUAUUACUAGGUAUUUUUAUAACAAUCAGUCAAAGCAGUGUGAACGCUUCAAGUAUGGUGGCUGCCUUGGCAAUCUAAACAACUUUGAAUCACUGGAAGAAUGCAAGAACACCUGUGAGGAUGCAUUGAAUGAUCUCCAGGUGGAUGAUUAUAGAACCCCUCUUGAGGCUUUGAAUAAUGACUCCUUGACUCUCCAGCCUACCAAAGCACCCAGCUUCUUUGAAUUUUACGGCCCCUCCUGGUGUCUGACCCCUGCAGACAGAGGAUUAUGUCAAGCCAAUGAACGCAGAUUCUACUACAAUUCAGUCAUUGGGAAAUGCCGCCCCUUUAAGUACAGUGGAUGUGGAGGGAAUGAAAAUAAUUUUACUUCUAAAAAAGCAUGUCUUAAGACUUGUAAAAAAGGUUUUGUCCAAAGAAUAUCAAAAGACGGAUUAAUUAAAACCAAAAGAAAAAGAAAGAAGCAGCCAGUGAAAAUAGUAUAUGAAGAAAUUUUUGUUAAAAAGAUAUAAAUUUAUUA